CCGACUCCCUGCUCCUCUUCUCGAGAGCGUGAACUCAGCUGCUGCAAACAAAGUUACACCUUGUACUUUUAAGGAGACCGUGGCUGACCGGCAUGCAAACAAGUGUGACGACAGGGCCAGAGUCCAACAAAAAAGCAUCUUUGCUAACCGUUUUGAUGAUCUGUGGAGCAUCACCCCGGAGAUUUAUCCGCUGAACCAGCACAAGUCAUGUACCAAGUGGUACCAGGAGGAGCGGGGGGCACAAUUACAGAUGUUAUCCCCAAGCAGAAACAUACCAAGGACUCUCGGCCCUUAGUCGGAGCUGGAGUGAUCGGCCUGGUGCUGGUGAUUGCAGCUGUAACUGCCUGGUGUUACUACAUAGCCUCUCUACGUAAAGCUGAGCUGCUGAAGACUCAGCUACUGGAUCUGAAUAAAGAUGGCUACAUUAUUCGCAACCAGGGAGGGUCUAUUGUUUUUAGGAUGGAUUUCAGAUCUGGGACCCUUGAUUUGGACUCCUGCUCGAAAGAAGGGGAAAUUCUGAGUUGUGGACGCACAACUGACAGAAAACUUAACUUCUUCAUUGAGACGGUGCAACCCAAGGACACUGUGCAGUGCUACCGUGUUCGUUGGGAGGAACUGGUUCCUGAUAUUCCUGUUGAGCAUGCCAUGACCUACAAGUUUGCACAUUGGUACGGAGGUGCAGUGUCAGCAAUUCAGCACUGGCCUAUUUCCAUUUCUGGCCAACAGGCUCCGAAACCUUUUGUUACAAGUGACAUUUACUCAAACCGCGAUGAAUUUGGUGGAAUUCUGGAGAGUUACUGGCUUUCGUCCAAUGCCACUGCCAUCAAGAUUAAUAAUUCUGUGCCCUUUCACCUUGGAUGGAACGACACAGAAAAGACCAUGUAUUUUCAGGCACGCUACAAUGAUAGUCCCUUCAAGCCAAACCCAGGCGAGGCGCCAUGUGCUGAGCUUAGUUACAGAGUUUGUGUGGGCUUGGACGUGACAUCCAUCCACAAGUACAUGGUCCGCAGAUAUUUCACCAAACCCAACAAAGUACCUGCCAAAGUCAUGUUUCGCCAUCCCAUUUGGUCGACCUGGGCAAAACAUAAAACUGAUGUUGACCAAGAGAAACUCUUGUCAUAUGCUGCCAGCAUCCGAAAGCAUAACUUUAACUGUAGCCACCUGGAACUGGAUGACCGCUACACCAGCCGCUACGGAGAUUUUGAGUUUGACCCAGUUAAGUUCCCUAACGCCUCGGACAUGUUCCGAAAGCUGAAAUCAGAUGGCUUUCUGGUCUCCCUCUGGAUUCACCCCUUUGUCAAUUAUGACUCUGCGAACUUCCAUACGUGUGUAGAGAGGGGCUAUUUUGUCCGAGAGCCUACAGGCCGGCUGCCAGCAUUGGUCCAAUGGUGGAAUGGCAUUGGUGGCAUUUUGGACUUCACAAAUCCAGAAGCCCGGGACUGGUUUGCCCUCCAGCUACGAACACUUCGUUCAAAGUACGGGGUAGCCUCUUUUAAAUUUGACGCAGGGGAAACAAACUAUUUACCAUGGAAAUUUAGCACCUGGGCUCCCAUUCGUGAUCCAAGUUUUUUCACAAGGCACUACACUGAAAUGGCUAUUCCCUACAAUGAUAGAGCUGAACUGCGCAGCGGUUACCAAUCCCAGAACAUAUCCUGUUUUUUCAGACCAAUUGACAGAGAUUCUGUGUGGGGAUAUGAGUUGGGUCUCAAAUCCCUUAUUCCCACCGUGCUGACAAUCAGCAUUCUGGGCUAUCAGUUCAUUCUGCCAGACAUGAUUGGAGGGAAUGCUUAUCUAAACUGCACAGGAAAAGAUUGCACAUUACCCGAUCGAGAACUUUAUAUCCGCUGGUUAGAGCUGGCGGCCUUCAUGCCCUCCAUGCAGUUUUCAAUCCCGCCAUGGGAAUAUGACAAUGAGGUGGUUGAAAUUGCUCGGAAAUACACAGCCCUCCAUGAAAGUAUUGUAGCACCACGGGUCCUUGAGCUGGCAGGCGAGGUGAUAGACACCGGGGACCCAAUCAUACGUCCCUUGUGGUGGAUUGCCACAGGUGACGAAACGGCCUAUAAAAUUGACUCCCAGUUUCUGAUUGGGGAUGACCUCAUGGUAGCUCCAGUUUUAGAGCCCAGAAAACAAGAGCGUGACAUCUACCUCCCUGCUGGCCAUUGGAGAAGCUACAAAGGGGAAAGGUUUGAGAUCAAAGAGCCUCUGCACCUUACAGACUAUCCUGUAGACCUGGAUGAAAUUGCCUAUUUUGUUUGGGGGCUGCGAGAAGGACAUUAGACUUGGUUAUCUUGUGCUCCAGUUUGCCAAUGAGACAAGCUUCACAUUUUCAUCUGUUACAGAUGACAUGGCAGAUAGUGGGUGUGAAAGGGUUUAUUUAUAGAAAAGGUGUUCUGCAACAAAAUCUAGACAUUUUUAAGGAAUUAAAUUAUAACACUUCUUUACUCCACAAAAGUAACAUUUGCGUCAUGCAGCUCCUGAAAUUACCUUCUUCAUUUUUCAAUUAAUUUAACAUUUUUCAGUUGAACUAAGUGCAGUAAAUUGUCAUUUGAACUAGGGCCGUGUGACUUUUAGUGAUCGGUCAUAGUAAGUUAAAUGGUAUAUGCAGGAGUAACGUGCAGAGGAGAGGGCUGACAAGAGUUGUGCCGCAGUAUUUGUGUAAACAUUUGCAGCAUCAGUCACCACUGGUCAUUAUAAGCCAACAGUGUAUUACCAGAGCCAGAAAGGCUGUGCUACCAAAAUCCCAGUUUGUGAUGAAAUCAUAAUGAUAUUUCUUAAACCGUGUCAAAUUAGUGUUUGGUGCCUGGUAAAAAGGGAAUCCGCUCACAGUGAAAUGCGUGCCAUAAAGCUGUUAUAUUCCUCACUCAUACAGCACUUUAAACGUUAGCUUAAGCCAAACAAAUAAAGGUAUGUCAUUACUGUAUUGCUGUAAGUGAGAUGGUCGUCUAUGGUAACCAACAUUAUCCUACUUUCCUGUAACACUCAAAUGCACUAUACUCUGCUGUUUGUGAUGCUUUGCAUUUGCUCUAUUUGUGUAUCUUGAUAUUGUAUAACUGAUUUUAGCCAAGACGAAGAUUCUUUUUACCAUCUUCUAAGUAUUUAAUACUCUUCCUCAGGUUACUGUUUUCUCAGGCUGUGGUGCGCUUUGAAGCAUCUGGUAAUUAUUAUUAAUGCUCACUCUGAGUUCAGCUAAACAGCAAGUGUUACUGUUAUUUUUUUUUUUAAAUACAUGGAUGCCACAUUAAAAGAAUUAAGCUUCUCCAUAACAUUUUGCAAUGUUUGAAAUGUAUAAUGCAAAAUGUUAUGUAGAAUGCAAAAUGUUCAAUCUAAUCUUUAAGCUUUCUAAUUAAUCUUUGAAAUGUAUUACAAUGAAAUGAGUGAUAACGUUAUUUAUAUAUUUUACAGAUUAAUGAAAUCAGCACAUUACAUGGUACUAUGUUGUUUUGCCAUUUUGCAUUUUCUGAAUACCUCAUUGAUGCCUUUAAGUGCCAUUUGUUAAUAACUUCUCCGACAGUUCUUUUUCAAAUUUUCUAUGCAUUUCAUUGUCUGUGGAGAUUGUUACCUAACAAGCUAACUUUAUUUGCUGAUUUGAUUUAUUAUUCACUAGUUUUGGUGGAUUCAUUCUUGAUAAAGUGUAUCACAGGUUCCAGAGGGCAUGGUGCCCCAUGUUCUUCAAAAAUAAAGUUGUUCCUGAAUUUGACAUGCGUAGUUGCGAACUACAUCAGUUCUGGACUGAAGAUUUAAGACUUGUAUUUUCCACUGCCUGAGAUCUCUUUUGUCUCAGAAGCCAGU